UGUGAAUCAGUCUUGUUGAUAAUGGCCGAUGGGAAUAAUACUCAUCAUAAUCUGAGACAAAGAAACAUACGCAAUAGCCAUUUCAAUUUCAAAUUACCAAACUUUGGUCAGUUGUCAGAAUGCGAUAUAUGUUGUCGUGAAUCUGAUGUAUUUGCUGUUGGAAAGUGUUUACAUCCAGUGUGCAUGGAAUGUGGGAUUAGAUUACGCGUUCUGUGUCGGAAUCAAAUCUGUCCCAAAUGUAGAGCAGUCAUUGAUGACUUACCUCUUCGAUUCUUAAAACAUAAGGAUGCUCAGGAAUAUCGAAUUCAUUUGGCUGAUGAUUACGUAGUGCAGUGUUACAAUAGCUAUUUGUCCCAUCCGUGUGUGUUAUGUGACAAAAAACAUGGAAAACGGAUAUUUGAUUCAUUUGCUUUACUAUCCCAACAUAUGCUUGCGGUUCAUCGUUUCGAGUAUUGUGGUAUAUGUGUGGAAAACCUGUAUCUCUUUACUGUUGAGAGAAAAUUCUAUUCCCGUUCUGAUCUGGAACGACAUAUGAAGUCUGGGGAUCCAGACAAUCAGAGUUUUAAAGGACACCCGCAGUGUUGGUUCUGUUCCACGCGCUUUUUAGAUGACGAAGCUCGUUACAAACAUCUUCGAAAAGAUCAUUUCUUUUGCCAACUUUGUGACGCUGAUGGAGUUGAUGAUGUUUUUUUUUCAAAUCACAGUGAUCUUCUAGACCAUCACAAGUCGCUUCAUUUUGUUUGUGAAGAGGAUCAGUGCAAAGUACUUGGAUUAGCUUUUCGAACGGAGACUGAGUUGAAAUCACAUAAGUCAAAUUGCAGCAUAAGUAGUCAGAGCAGUACGACUCCUGCUCUACCAGCAGAUGCAACGAGAUCAUCAUUUUCAAAUUUCAUGCAAAAAUUCACGCUAGAGAGUUGUGAUUUUCCUCGUUUGGAAGAGUCUACUCCGUCUUCUUCAUCGCCAUUGCAGCUCACAUCAAGUUUCGCACCACGGGCACAAAAAUCUAAAGUCAUUAAAAAGUCUCAGAAGGCAACUACGAAACAAGAGAUACCAGCAAAUGUAAAUUCUUGCAUGAUUUUUUUUUCCUAG